AAUUAAUAAGCGUAGGUAUAAAUCCAUUUCUCAGCAUUGAGUGUAUGUGCAUUAACGGCCAGUGGAUGACACACAUUUCUCUGACAUCCUUUUGAAAAAACCGGCCGCAUCACAAGGAGAGACAAAGAGUCACGUGCUAAAAAGGUAAGUUCACUUAGUUCCCCUCCACGGUCUUAUCAGGUGUUGAUGAUUGCAUAAAAUUGGUUGAUUUUUAAUGAAAAGCCGUGAACAAACAUAAAAAAAUAUAAGAAAAACUAUGAUUUCUUAUUGUGAAGAAUGACUGUAAACCACAUCCCUUUCUUUCAAUCUCAUUAAUGAUUUGUUCACUUUUUGUGGUUCUGGUAAAAAUGACAGCUCUAUGGUUUAAUGUAAAAGACAUUAGACUCUGACAUGUCUAUUUCUAUUGUUCACUGAAGUCCGGCCAAACGAUCCUUUCUUUUAAGACAAUUGUACACGAUUUCACUUCCUUGUGAAAUAAAAAUACGUUUAAUAGAUCAACAUACACUCUUUAAAUGGAUGGGAUACAUCCAUCAUUUUUACGUUUAUUAAACAGGAACAUUAAUUCGAAUAGAGCCUUGAUAUAAUUUAUACAAAGAAGUUUAUAGUACAUCAUAAGAUAACAUAGUUUUCAGACAGAUCAAUUGGAUAGUGCAGCUGUAAUUCAGUAUGUGCCGCUACAGUACAGCCAUGGUGAGAUUAACCCUAACUUUGAUAUAUUCCCUGUUGAUUUCAUUGGAGGUCACCAAGGCGCUUAUUCUCCCUGCGUAUAACCUCAGAUCCGCCUCUAACCACAAAGUUAUGGCGCUCUCAGGAGCCACAGAUGGAAAAGCAGUGUUAGUGUCACAAGAACAACCACUGUCCCUUAAUGUGUGUAUCAGGAAGCACUCCAUGAUACGACUGGACGAUGUCAGGUUUUCUAAUUAUAAUUACUCCACCUUCUUCAACGUGACCUUCAAUAGUGGAGAAUGGAUGGGAACAUUCUAUGUGAGACCCGGUAUGGAUUGGAACCGAUUCAAGAACACGGGAAUAUUUCCACACAGAUACACCCUGGAACCCGGAUGGCACGUCAUCAAGAUUUACGUCAUGGAUUACUUCGGGUACACGGAAGGCAUUGCUGUGGAUACUUUACGGUUCAGUGUAGAUGACCCAUGGAUGGACAAUGAUAUUUUAUCGUGCAAAACAAUAUGCACAGAGAAAAAUAGGUUCCCCGUACGAUCUCCGUCCUCUUCCGAGAACGCAUUGCCUUCUGGAAUAGAACAGAGAUCGUUUCCGACUAAGUGUGCAGAAGUUGAUAACAUUGACAUACCCCUGUACAACGCUCACAUUGACAGCUUCACGAUUACGGCUUCACUUCCGCAGUAUAAAUCCUUCUCCAACAGAAGGGAAGAGAACACCACAAACUGCCCUCAUCUAAGUUCAGAAUUGUGGCGAUUCGAUAACUUUAACGUCAGUUCCUCAUCUGCCGAAAUAAUCAACAAUAAGGGCGCCAGAAUGUCAUUUUAUUCAACGUCUUCAAACGAAGUUUAUAUCAUCAUUCGUUUCUUUCUGGAGGGACAAAAGAAAGGGAGUGUGGAUGCAAAAAUUGGAUCGUUAUUAACUCUUCAGUUAAAGACCCUUACAGCUCCAACAAUGAUAAAAUUGCGUUAUAAAGAAAAAUGGGGUAAUCUGUCGUUACCGAUUACACAUAAUUUUACACAUCAGAAUCUGCAAUUCACAUGGACAAUCCCAGACUUUACCUGGACGGAAGACAGUCUUAAUUACAUCAUUUUAACAGCAGAGUCAGAAAAUCUUGCUCUCUUGGUAAAUAAUUUGCGUCUGGAGAAAAGAGCAUUCAAGCCCGAGAAGCACGUGACCAUCUACAAGAGUGAUGACGUACACAUUGUAGCUGUUUACGUAGAAAUGUGGUGGUUAGCCCCGGACAGAAUGACUGUACACCUCACUAACGGACAGACCUACGAAGACGUUGCUUAUCUACAGAUCUACAGACCGAUUCCAUGGAACAAUGGGUAUUCUCAAGUUCUAGUUUUGUACCAGGACGGAAAUGCCCGAUUCAUUCCGGUGACUCCCGAAGGACUUGACUGGAUCCCAUUUGGUACAUCCGUUAUUCUUGGACAAACGUACAGUGAUUCAAUAAGACCUUAUACCUCCAUAAAACAGCUUAAUAUAGACCCAGAACGAUGGACUAUGCGCAUCUUUUAUAAAGAUGGAGGUUCGAUGCUAAUGAAAAUUAACAGUACUUACAGUGAAACUCAAGCUCAUGUGUCCGAAGUUUUCUUCACAAGGGACAGGUAUACACUUCCGUUUGCCACUGUACGGUCAAUGUAUGUGUCUGAAGGUAAUACUGAUGUAGACAGUGUCAAGGUCGACGAUAAAGAGACCUACCAUAUAAUGGACCAAUGGGGCUACGUUCAAGGAAGGAGCUUCGCAUUUUACCGCAGUUGUAUAUCCAGACACUUAACACUUAGUCCCGACAUCCAAAUUGAUGUGUUUAAAACCAAAAUAUCGUGAAAGAAAGAUUCUUAUUAUAACUAAGAAAUAAUAAUAGUUUGAUGAUUUCCUGAGAAAAUGCUCAGUGUUGGGCGUUAGUGCUAUUUUUUAAUUGAGAGCAAGACGCAUGGGGUGUUUCAUCUGCAUACAAGUUGAUCAACGGAAUAAACAUGAUAAAGAUUGAAUUUGAGUGAAGAAAACAAUAUUUGUUGUACAGCUCUUAAUACAACGAUCCAUCUAAGGAACGGAAUCUUCCUAUCAUUGUACAGAGUCAUGCAAAUCUUAACAUUGUGAUGCUAUCAUCUUAACGCUAUGGUCCUAUCAAUAAAACACUUUCACAUCAUUAUCACCACCGCCUUACAAAUCAUAACGGAGGCCUAAACAUUGUAGUUUUGUCCCACCAUGAUUUUUUCGAGUCUUAAAAGUGUGAUCCUCUGGUUGUACAGAUGAUGUAACCAAUGUGUUCUAUAGAAGACAUCAUACCAAUAUUACAAUCAUUGUGGGAACAUUAAUAUAUUGAACUCAAAAUUGUACACUUCUUAACAUGGUGAUUCUUUUAAUGAAAAUAUUUCAACACUGGUUAUUUGUAUUUUUGUACAGUUCUAAACACUGUGUUCAUAUUAUUUGAUUUUUUUCUCAAUGAUCUCUAUCACAU